AUGGAAGAAAUUAUUUUAGUUCAUGGUUCACCAGAUAUCAUUAUUACUGAUCAAGGAACACACUUCAAGAACGAACUGUUGCAAGCUAUUUCAAAUUUAGUUGGUUGUCAACACAUUUUUUCAACACCCUAUCAUCCACAAACAAAUGGACAAACUGAAAGAUGGAACGCUACAUUCGUAACACAAAUUGCCAAAUAUUGUAAUACUGAUCAAAACAAUUGGGACACAUUUUUACCAUCUAUUGUCUAUGCUUACAACCAUGGUAUACACAGUUCUACUGGAUUUAGCCCUUACCAACUUGCAUUCGGACGACAACCGCGCCAUCCAUUUAAUCCACCUGCAUCUACAUUUGUUUUUAAUAAACCACACGAUUAUUGGACACAAGUGAUAAACUAUAGAACUACAGUUUUAAAACAAGCAAAAGCAAACAUUCUACAUCAGCAACAACUAUCAAAAAAUCGUUUUGAUAAAAAUCGUUCACAUCCAUCUUUUGUUCUAGGUGAUCUUGUAUGGAUGAAAAUUUUAGUUGGACGGCACAAACUUCAAGCUAGAUACACUGGUCCUGCUCGAAUCAUUCGAAUUCUCUCCCCAGUAUCAUUUAUCGUCGAAGAUGACAAUUUACAACAGUUUCAAGUGCAUUCAAAUAAUAUCAGACGUGUUUAUUCUCGAUAA